AUGUUAUUUCGGGAUUUGUUUGAGGAUUAUUCCAACGCACUGAGACCGGUGGAAGACACUGAUAAAGCGCUCAAUGUUACACUUCAGAUCACUCUCUCUCAGAUCAAAGAUGUGGUGAGUGGAAGUGAAUAAUAUCUAGUCUGUCUGUCUAUCUAGUUAGCUAAUUACUUGUCAUUCAGACUUUACGGAAAUAAUGACAAAGGUAGCAGAAUCAAAUUCCUGUUACUCUACCCCGGAACAAAUCAAUGGGUCCCGGAGUAACCUGGGGAAUAAGACUCCACAAAUAAAUCUGAGAUGGAUCAGUUUGCAUUUGCAAUGAACAUUACACGAUUUUUGGGAUGAAGCUUUCAAAAUAAUGAUGUCUAGACUCUAUAUGUCUGCACAAUACAAUUCACACAGUAUUAUUAUUAUUAUUAUUGGUAUUUAAAUAGCGCCAACUAAUUCCGCAGCGCUUUACAAUAUUAUGAAAGGGGGAAAUUUACAAUAAAUUAGACAAUUACACAGUGACACGGGAACAAUAGGUAGAUGAGGGCCCUGCUCAAACAAGCUUACAGUCUAGAGGAGGUGGAGUACAAAUACACAACAUUGCGGCAAGGGUGACAGCCAUCAAACAAGGUGGAAAAGUAGCAGAGCUUGAGGUGAGACUGGAGUAUGGCUCUUUUAGGAGAGCAAGAGACAGAUUUGGAUAAUUAUAGAUAACUUACUCUCAGUGGUAUCUCUAGGAUUCAUUUUCCGGGGGGGCACAUGGAGGGCCAGGGACAAAAGUAGGGGGGCACAUUUGACCCCACCCCUGUCGCAUGUUAAGCCCCGCCCCCGACACAAUGUGUUUUGUUUUUUUAAUAAUCCCUGGUGGAGGAUUCAUUAUUUUCCACCAGGGAUUAUGAAAAAAGCAAACACAUUACCCUUGAUACAGUGCCAUAUUGACAACAUUUGAAAUAAAAAAUUUCCAAGGACAUUUUGCAGCUAUCAAUUACUGUCUGGGUAUAAUAUCCCUGGACAGUCAGUGCUCUCUGUAUAAUACAGGUCUGUUUGUGUAUAAUAUCCCAAGACAGAGAGCAGCACUAUACAGGGAGCACUGACUGUCCCGGGAUAUUAUACAGGCACAGGCCUGUAUUAUACAGAGAGCAGCACUAUACAGGAAGCACUGACUAUCCCGGGAUAUUAUAUACACACAGAUCUGUAUUAUACAGAUAGCUGAGCAUAUACCCCAUGUCCCAAUCUCUAGACUACUAGUACCUGUCAACAGCAGCUCCCAGACGCGUGUAACAGGGCUAAAGUGUGCGGCAGCUCACACAGAUGAUUCAGCGGUAAAGUGCACUCGCUGGCAGAGCCAAACUGGGAAUCCCUGGGAAUCCAAAGCAGCCCUGGAAAAAAAAUGUAUGCCAUUCCUACAAGUCAAUAUAUAUAUAGUACAGUAAGCACACAAGCUCACUGACAUGCGCAAAUAGGCUUACUGACAGACAAAAGUCUCUGACUCACACACAAGCUUACUACAGACAAACUCACUUGUAUAAACAGAAAGCUCACUACAAAUAAGUUCAGGGACACACACAAGCUCACUAAAGACAAGCUCACUGACACACACAUGCUCACUAAAUAGAAGCUUACUGACACACAAAAGCAGUACCAUUUUAACAGAGUUAAAGGCCCCUGGGCAAAGCAAUGCACUGGGGCCCUUCCUACACAACAACUCACAGGAAUUUUAAAUUGAUAGACUGUGGAGUCCAUACACACACAGAGACUGCUGAGUCCAUACACACACAGAGACUGCUGAGUCCACACACAGACUGCUGAGUCCACACACAGACACACACUGCUGAGUCCAUACACACACACAGAGACUGUUGAGUCCAUACACACACAGACUGCUGAGUCCAUACACACACACACAGACUGCUGAGCAGUGGCGGAUCCAGAGCCUGAUCUCGGGAGGGGCACUUGUAGAUUAUUUAAAGAAAUAAUCCAGUCACAAUAACCACUACAGCUCAGUCCAUACACACACACAGAGACUGCUGAGUCCAUACACACACACACACAUAGACUGCUGAGUCCAUACACACACACACACACACACACACACAGACUGCUGAGUCCAUACACACACACACAGACUGCUGAGUCCAUACACACACACAGACUUCUGAGUAAAUACACACACACAGACUGCUGAGUCCAUUCACACACACAGACUCUGCUGAGUCUGUACACAGACUCAGCAGAGUCUGUGUGUGUGAAUGGACUCAGCAUAAUCCAGACACAAUAACCACUACAGCUCAGUCCAUACACACACACAGAGACUGCUGAGUCCAUACACACACACACACAGAGACUGCUGAGUCCAUACACACACACACACACACACACACACACAGACUGCUGAGUCCAUACACACACACACACACACACAGACUACUGAGUCCAUACACACACACACAGACUGCUGAGUAAAUACACACACACAGACUGCUGAGUCCAUUCACACACACAGACUCUGCUGAGUCUGUACACAAACUGCUGAGUCCAUACACACCCACAGACUGCUGAGUCCAUACACACACACACAGACUACUGAGUCCAUACACACACACACACACAGACUGCUGAGUCCAUACACACACACACACAGACUGCUGAGCAGUGGCGGAUCCAGAGCCUGAUCUCGGGAGGGGCACUUGUAGAUUAUUUAAAGAAAUAAUCCAGACACAAUAACCACAACAGCUCAGUGUAGUGGUUAUGGUGUCAAUAGUGCCGGGACCCCAUCCCAGAGUAAGUAGUCAAACUGUUUAAGAACAGUUUGACAACUUACCUGAGGUCUGCUGGGAAAUGGGGCUGUAGUAGGGCAUAGGAGCAGUUGUGUGUGUGUGAGUGGUGCAAUGUGUAAGAGGUGCAGUGUGUGUGUGUGUGUUUGAAGGUUGUAGUGUGUGAGUGAGGGCGGCAGUGUAUGUCAGGGAUGCAGUGUAUGCGUGGGACAGUAUGUGUGUGUAACAGUUGCAGUGUGUGUGUGUGAGUAUUGCAGUGUAUGUGUGAGUGUGGGCAAUAUGUGUGUAUGGGGCGGCAGUGUAUGGGGGCAGUGUGUGUGUAUAGGGAUAGUGUAUGUGUGUAGAGUUUGUGUGUAUGGGGGAGCAGUAUGUGUGUAUGGGGGGCAGUAUGUGUGUAUGGGGGGGCAGUGUGUGUGUAUGUAGGGGGUGUGUGUGUAUGGGGGCAGUAUGGGGGGGCAGUGUGUGUGUAUGGGGGGCAGUAUGUGUGUGGCAUGUGUGUGGAGGCAGUGUGUGUGUAUGGGGGGCAGUAUGUGUGUGUAUGGGGCAGUGUGUGUGUGUGUAUGGGGGGCAGUGUGUGUGUAUGUGGCAGUGUGUGUGUGUGUAAUGGGGCAGUGUGUGUGUGUAUGGGGGCAGUAUGGGGGCAGUGUGUGUGUAUGGGGCAGUAUGGGGGCAGUGUGUGUGUAUGGGGGGCAAUGUGUGUGUAUGGGGGAAUGUGUGUGUAUGGGGGGGCAGUGUAUGUGUGUAGAGUGUGUGUGAUAAGGGUAGGGGGCUUUUUUUUUAUAAUAUAUAUAUAUAUGUAUAUAUAUAUAUAUUUUUUUUUAUUAUUAUUUUUUUUUUUAUUUAAUUAAAAUAAAUAUUUAUGUCCCCCCUCCCUUCUUACCUUUACUGGAAGGAGGGGGGACACUUCCUGGUGGUCCGGUGGUGAAUCCCUGGUGGUCCCAGUGGGGAGUGUGAUCUCUAGCCCGCACUCCAGGGCUAGAGUUCACUCUUGCGAGAUUUGGAGCGUUGCCGCGGUUACCACGACAACGCUCCAUGCUUGGGAGAGUAGGACUGGAGGAGCUGCAGGCAGAGCUCCCGGGUCCUCUCUCCUUCCCCUGCCGGGUGUCAGCACAGUGCCUGCGGACCGGGGAGGGAGAUCUCUGAUCUCCCCUCAGGUCCACAGGCACAUUGCAGGGCUAGCACCUGCAUGUGCUGGCAGGGGAGAGGGAGACCGUCGGUUUUCUCGGGGGGGGGGGGCAAUUGCCCCGUUGCCCCCCCCGGAUCCACCAAUGCUGCUGAGUCCAUACACACACAGACUGCUGAGUCUAUACACACACACACAUACACACACACACACAGACUGCUGAGUCCAUACACACACACACACACACACACAGACUGCUGAGUCCAUACACACACACACGCACAAACUGCUGAGUCUAUACACACACAGACUGCUAUGUCCAUACACACACACAGACUGCUGAGUCCAUACACACACACACACACACACGCACAAACUGCUGAGUCUAUACACACACAGAUUGCUGAGUCCAUACACACACACACACACACACACACAGACUGCUGAGUCCAUACAAGCACACUGCUAUGUCCAUACACACACACACACAUCAAGCCUACCUGUCACUGGAGGCUGUUGCUGGGGAUCAGACAGCCAUCUUCUGCAGCAGCAAGGUCUGCUGCUUUACGGCAGGGGCGGGGCUUAUGUAGGGAGACGGGGCUUCGUUUGGGGGCGGGGCCUGUGCCGGGGAGCAUUCCCUCGGGCUGUAACAGGUUGUUACAGUCCGAGGGAAGAACAUGGCCAGCAAGUUGCCAGCAUUUGGGGGGGGGGGCACAAGGGGGGGCACAGCAUGAUGUAGGGGGGGCCAUGGCCCCCUCUGGCCCCCCCCUAGCGACGCCACUGGUUACUCUUGGAGUCCAUAAGCAUUUCUGAACAGAUGUGUUUUGAGGGACUUCUUAAAUAAUUGAAGACUAGGGGAGAGUCUGAUGGGGGUAGGCAGGCUGUUCCAAAAGAAGGGAGCCGCCCGCAAGAAGUCCUACAAGAGCGAGUUAGCAGUAAGGGUGUGAGCAGCGGACAUGAGAACAUCACUGGCAGAGCGGAGAGACCGAGAAGGGGCGUAUCUAUGAAUAAGGGAAGAAAUGUAAGAGGGGCUAGAGUUAGUUAGCGCUUUAUAGGUAAGGAUUUGUAUGACGGAACCACCGCUUCUUCAGGUGCUUUUUACUUGUACUGUGUGUUUUUCCCUUGCCUUUGUAUAUUGUACCCGCUCCCCAUUCGAGAGCGCUCCUCCGAAAAGAACUCCUUCAUUUCCCGAACGUGGACCACCCCAAUAUCUAAUUUAGAACACUAGUUAGAAUGUUCAAAUAGAACGUUCGCACUCACAUCAUAGGUGUGAAACCACAAGGGAAGCCAUCAAUGAGAGCUCCUCUGGGUGGCUGCCAUUUCGUAUAGACAAACGCCAGCCAUGGAGAGCGUUCGUGGAUUGGGUCCCAAAUCGUUCGUCUCCUGAACAUGGACCUCCCCAGUGCCCCAUUGGAAUGUUCCCACCAAUUAAUCAGAACAUUUGCACUUGCAACAUAAGUGUGAAACCGCAUGGGAAGUAAUUAAUGAAUACCCCCUGGGUGGCCGCCAUUUCAUAUAGGCAAACGCCAACCAGGGGGAGCAUUCGUAUCCCAAAAGGAGAUGUUUCUCUUGCAGGUUUCAGCACAAGAACCUCAUGAACGGAGAUUGGUCAGGGAAUGUGCCAUUCUGGGGUCACCUGAGGUUGGUGGGGACACUUUUGUGGCACUGGCUAGUUUGGCGGGCUUUCUGUGCCUGGGAGACCAAGGGAUGGUCUAUUUUCCCAUGCUUUGGCUCCCAGGCCCAGAGGCUCCUGUGAUAAAGACCUCCCUGUUGCCCUGCAAUAUGUGCAGUUACCUGGAAAUUGCCAGGUAUCGGUGCAAUACAAGACCUAGAACUCUGUGAUAAACUCUGACGGUGGGUUUUACUGUAUGUUUUAUUGCUGCAAAGCUCCUGCAUAUCUCAAUCCUGUAUUACUAAGCUCCACAGCAACAAAACCAGUAUUAAAACAUUCUGUUAUUCACAGCACUGCCACAAUAUUUGGCUGGGCCUAUCCCAAAUGUAUGCUCUCAAUUCAUUCCUGGUAUGAAACAAUCUAAAAUGCUAUAAAAUAAAAUCAGCUUGGCACGUCAAUUCAAUGUCAUUAAAUUCUCCUAGGAUGAGAGAAACCAGAUCCUGACAGCAUAUUUAUGGAUCCGGCUCAGCUGGUUUGAUGCCUAUCUGCAGUGGGACAGAGAUGAGUAUGACGGGCUGGAUUCCAUUCGUAUCCCUAGUAACAUGGUAUGGAGACCAGACAUUGUGCUGUAUAACAAGUAGGUACCCAGAGGUGGAUUAUUAUUAUUUUUUGUAAAUAUAUUUUUUAUUGUUUUACCGUUUUGGGAAAAUGCCAGUUAACAAGUACAUUGACUGGACUCGCAGGUCCGUCUCUUGACAAGAACAAGGGGAAGACCAUUGGUUUUGCAUAGGUAUGUUAUAGUGUGGGCUCGCAUGCCCCAGGCACAAAGAGGACUCGCAGGUCCCAUCAAGACCAUUGUGGCAUUAUGAGGUGUAACAAGUGAUCCGCAGUCCUUCUAGUUGUAAGGUGCUGACACCGUUCUGGUCUUAUCUCAUGCCCUCUGGCUACUAUCUGUGUGGCGUGUUUGGCUAUCAGCGUGCCCUGUUCUAUCUGUCCCCUGUUAUGUACCGGGGUCCGUGGUAGGGUGAGAUACCACUGUCCCUAGGUGGUCCACGGCGGUUGUGUUUCGUCCACCCCGCUCUGGAGUUAAGUUCCUGUCUGUGUAGUGGGCUUCCUCUAUGUGUGACUCCCAGGUUACCCUUUCUACCGUAGUUCUAGAUAAUCCCUGUCAUCUCGUGAAGGUUGCGGGUAGGGGUGACUGAGGUGGUAGGGGUAGGCAGUAAUGGGAGAGUGUUGGGGGGUCCGGGGCCUGUCAUCAUCCAAAGUCUGUAGCGUGUUGGGGUUUGUAUUCUGUCCCUGUUGUUGGACCUAUGAUUUGUCCAGAAAAUCUGGUUUUGUCGCCUUCAGUAGCCAUUGCGUCCAUAUAUUGAGGUAGUUUUGGUGUGUGUUAGUCGUGGUAGCGUGGAGAUCUUCUACGGAUCUCAGCUCUUCCAUUUGUGUGAACCAGGUUCUCAAUGGCAGGGUGAUCGGUUGUUUCCAGUGUUGUGGAAUGUUUGUUUUAGCUAUGUUUAGUAUGUGUAUCGUCAGUGAUUUCUUAUAGAGGAACCAGGGGACCUUGGUGUGGUGUAGGAGCAUUUCGGCGGGACUAAAUGGGGGUGGGUCGUCCGAGAAUUGCCCUAUUAUUGUGUAUAUUCCCUUCCAGAACGGGACAAUCUUGCUGCACUCCCACCAGAUGUGCAGGAGCAUGCCCCUCUCCUCGCCACAUCUCCAGCACAUUGGGGAGUGGUCUGGAAUGAUUGUGUUUAGUGUGGUGGGGGUGCAUACCAGUGUAUUAGUAGUCUGUACGCCGUUUCUUGUGUCUUACUGAAGCUGGAGCAAUGGUGCGUGAGGUAACAGAUUUUUUCCCAUUCUGUCCAGGGCCAUCUCCCAUUUUCCCACAAAGCUUGGCUGUGCGGUUGGUGUUUGUGUCAGAAGUGAGGUGUAUAUGAGGGAGACUCCAUGAGUUAGCGGGUCUGGGUUUAAGCAGACUUCUUCAAAGUAGGUGGGGGCCCUUGAUAGAAUCACCCCCUGUGGGAGCGUUGCGAUGUAGCUCUGGAUCUGUUUAUGUUUUAGGUGCAUCAAGAGAGUAUGUUCUGCGUCCCCCCUUAAGUCGCUAAAUGUCUUGAUUAUUUUUUAUAUUUACAUGUCCAGGGAAAUGGGGGGGACUGUUUUUUGUUGCUAUAUUCAUUUUGUAGGUCUGACCCACGUUGUGCGAAUUACUUUCAAAAUCAACAUUGGAACACAUGAGAAUUAACUUAAUUUCAUCUGAGUUUAAGCUCUAGAACAGGGGUAGGCAACCCUUUAGCAGCACUGUGCCGAUAUAAGACUGUGAUGUCCCGUACCGUGUCGGUCCUAUUUUUUUAAAUUGAGGUGUGUAUGUUGCCGUAUUCAAAGUAAUAGGUGUGUUAUUUAUACUGUAAUUGCUUUUGUAUUGUUGUAUUUGUGCGUAUAUGAGCUAUUAUAUUGUAUAUGUUCAUUAGUAGUUUAUGGUAUCGUGUAUGAUACAUAUGAAUGUGGGCUGUGCAUGAGGGCUGCUUGUGGAAUUGUGUGUGUGAAUGGAAAUGUCACAUUGUGUGUUUGGUAGUGUGCGUAUGUGAGGGGCUUUUUGGGGUAUUGCAUGUGAGAGGCUGCAUGUGGGGUUGUGUGCAUGUAUGUGGAUUGUUAGCGGGUUACGUUUGUGCGGAUUGUGUGUAUGUUUGUUUGUGGGCUGUUCGUAUUAUUUGUAUUAGGGGAGGGUUAUUCAGCAUUUCUGUGUAUAUCUAGCAGUGUGGGUGGCUUCCCUGGGUUCCAGGCUGGCCAGGUACAGGUCAAGAAAGGGAGCUGCAACAGCAGCUGCAGGCUGCUAUACUACAAUGUGGAUUCCCAUACACAAGUGCUGGGGGGAAGUGAUCUGAGAUAACUUCCACUAUGUACUGCAAUGCAUAAAUUGAGGAUUGUCCUUCACCACCUCUUCGGAUUAGCAGAUAUCUGAAGUUUUACAGGGACUCCUGAUAGGCCAGAGCCUGUUUGGCUCUAGCAGCCUUGAGUGUCGUGCAAAGACACCUUGAGUGCCGUGCAUGGCACUAGUGCCGUAGGUUGCCUUCCCCUGCUCUAGAACAUAUUAUAAUAGUCAUGUAUGGAACACGUUAUAUACAGGUUUAUUCACUUUAGUGAGAUUUCAAAGACAAUUCAAAUAGAUUUUCAGAUUGAAUGCCAAAAAAGUCAACUAUGCUUUCAAGUUGGCUGCACUGGCCUUAAUUUGAAAUUCACUUUAAAUUCUCACUUCAGUAAAUAACGAGGAUAACGGCAUUAGUUUAUGCUCUGAUGGUUAAUGAUGACAUUGAUAAAGCAUGAUGCUACUUCCAACUGCCCACAUAACUUCUAGCAAGGUGAAUGUGCACUAACUAUGACCUCGAUUUAAUAUUUUCGGAUAAGCUUUUCAAAUGAUUAAACGGAUACUAAAUCAUUUUAAAGGGUUAUCCAAAAAUCUUAAUUUGAGGGCUAUAUUUGAAAUACAUUGCUUGAUAUCCCUAUUAACAUAGACAGAUGGCCAUAGACAAUUAUUUCUGGACAUAUUAAAAUAUAUUAUUUUAGAUCAUAGGAACAAGCUGAUCAUUCUUAGAGAAAAAUCAUUUUUGUAGAUAAAUCAUUUGAAAAGUUUUUUCCUACCAGAUUCGAAUAAUUUCUGAUAUUGAUUGAAACAAAAUAAAUCAAGGUCAUAGUCUUGUGUUGAGUAUAACAUUUUUGUAUGUAGAAUAGAGUAUUAAAUGUUUGUAAGCUCGUUUGAGCAGGGCCUUCUCCACCACUAACUUUCCACCACUAUCUAUUUUGAAUAGCUCAGGAGAAUUAGUAGAUGCUUAUAAUUAAAAUCGACCACAGACCAUUUCAGUAAAUAUAAAAGCAUGUAAGCCUGUGAUUAGGGAUUUUUUGAUGUCUUACAUGAUAUAAAGUUAAAAUAAUGAAUACAAUGAUUUGUAUUAUACAUAAGAUGAAAAGGCAUAUUAUUAAAGUUUAUUCUUCUUCAUUUUGAUAGGGCAGAUGAUGAGUUCUCUGAACCAGUGAACACGAAUGUUGUCCUACGCUACGAUGGUAAAAUUACCUGGGACUCACCAGCCAUCACAAAGAGCUCCUGCGUUGUCGACGUUUCAUAUUUCCCUUUUGACAAUCAGGAAUGCAACCUCACAUUUGGUUCUUGGACCUACAAUGGCAAUCAGGUGGACAUCAUAAAUGCUAUGGACACCGGGGACCUGUCUGACUUUGUGGAGAAUGUAGAAUGGGAAAUGCAUGGCAUGCCAGCAGUGAAAAAUGUCAUUACAUAUGGCUGCUGCUCUGAGCCUUAUCCAGAUGUCACAUUUACUUUGAUUUUAAAGAGGAGAUCUUCUUUCUACAUAUUCAACCUCCUUAUUCCAUGUUUGAUGAUAUCCUUUCUGGCUCCAUUAGGUUUUUAUCUCCCUGCGGAUUCCGGAGAAAAGGUCUCUCUGGGAGUUACAGUCCUCCUAGCCCUUACCGUAUUCCAGUUAAUGGUGGCAGAGAGCAUGCCCCCUUCUGAGAGUGUGCCACUUAUAGGUGAGUACAAUUUGCUUUACAAAGUCCAUCAUCAGGUCAUCUUGAUCUCUUAGAAUGUUGGUGUAGUGGUUUAAAACCAUUCUGGAAGAUAUCUCAGAUAACAAAUUCUCCAAUAGAACUGAAUAUGGAUAUGGGUCUAUAAUGCCAAACAAUAUUUGUUAGAAGUUUAUUCAAUUAUACAGGUAAGCUGUCCAAGUGAUAUUAACCGUAUAAUUUUAUUAGUUAUAAAUCACCCACAUAUUCUGCAGAAACACGAUUUUGGUGCACUUUGCAAAUAGAUACAAAACUCCAAGUAGACUAUACCAAGCAUGCCAAAAUAACCCAACAUAACCAGUGCUUGCGUGAAUGUACUCUUCUAGUAUUUUAAAUAUAGUUGUUUUUUUAAUGAAGAUAUCUGUGUUUUCUUUAUUGCACAAAAUUAUAAAGUAUAUAUAUAUAUAUAUAUGUAUAUAUAUAUAUAUAUAUAUAUAUAGUUAAUUAUGCUUUGGGUCUUACAUAAUUUAACUUUACACUGACUUUUUUGUGUUUUUUGAUAUCGCAAAAUUAGUAUAAAUGUGUCAAUUCUUGUUCUUUGCUGUUAAUUGAAUAAACCAUUCAGCGUUGUGAAGACCUGAUAAUUUUAUGUUGUAAUUUUUGUUUAUUUUAGGAAAAUACUACAUAGCAACUAUGACCAUGAUCACAGCUUCUACUGCACUAACGAUUAUAAUAAUGAACAUUCACCUCUGCGGAGCAGAAGCCAAACCCAUCCCACAAUGGGCCAGGGUUGUGAUUUUGGACUAUAUGUCCAAAAUAUUUUUUGUUUAUGAUGUGGGUGAGAACUGCACCAGCUCCCAGAAUGAUGACUCUGACUCCAAAUCAGAAGACAGCAUCCAUUCUUACGAUGAUUAUGAGAGAGAGAAUGACGUUUAUGGGAACUACAAGUGCCCUGCCUCAGGGAGCGAGACUUUUGUCUGUGACUUUGACAUUCAAAAAAAGCUGAACAGCCAAGUGGCUGGGAAUUUUGGUGUCCAAUGUGAAAUGCCAGAGCGCCCGUAUUGUUUUCACUGCAUCCACUAUAAGGUCCUGGUUAGUAACGUUGAAUACAUCACUAAUUGGUACAAAGAGCAGAAGGCAAUAAGCGCUAAAGGAAUUGAGUGGAAAAAAGUGGCAAAAGUGAUGGACAGGUUCUUUAUGUGGGUAUUUUUUAGUAUGGUAUUCUUUAUGAGCAUUUUAAUCAUUGCAAAAGCAGUGUGA